GUCACUGAGCGAGGUUACUUGACCAGAGGAAGAGGAUCCGUGAGUCCUCUGGAUCUUUAAUCAUCCUGCUUCAUCCUGUUUGACUCAACUGAUCAGCUGCGAUGAAUCAGAGCAAAGUUGACUUUGAGCCUUUUGAAUAUUCCUACUAUGAUUAUUCAGACUGGUACUCGAACAAUGCAGAGCCAACCAAACCACCCAAAGAAGUUAUUUUACCAUGUGACCCCACAGUGGACGACAAGCUCUUCCACAUAUGCAUGCUGUCGAUAUCUCUGGUGAUGAUGUUAAUCCUGGCAGCUCUCACCAGGAAAAACAAGCUCUGCCAAGGAUUUACGAGAGGAUCCUCCAGUAUCUUCAGUCCAGCCAACUUCCUGGAUCAGACUCAGAAAAAGGGCCUCGUCAUGGCAGUUUUUGGGCUGGUGUUCAGCAAGCUGGCGAUGCUGGUGAUCGCCCCAGACCCUCUGCCUUUCUCCAAAGAUACUCCAGCGGAUAUUAAAGAGUACAUGAAGAUAAUUGCCAUCUUCUACUACCCUGUCCUGUAUUAUCCUCUGUUGGUCUGUUGCACUCUGCAGCACAAAGCAGGUUAUGUGUUCGGGGGGCUCCUCUCCUUCAGUCACUUCGGGAUCCUGGUGUGGCAGAAGUUUGACUGCCCAAAGACUCCAGAGAUCUACAAGUACUACGCUCUGCUUGCAAGUCUGCCUCAGUUGGCCUGCCUUGCAUAUCUCUGUGUCCAGUUUAUUUUGCUGUUUGCUAAAGGACCAAAGACUGAAGAGGACCUUGACAGCAGCUACUACACCAGCUAUGUGAAGCUACUUCUCAAGAAAAAGUCCCAAGCUGCCAGCUCAUCAACUACAGAUAAACCAACGCUGGUAGAGAGAAUCCUGGAGGUGCCCAAGAGUUAUGUUUAUAUUCCAGAAAAAGUGUUUCGUUUUCCACUGAAACUGGCUGUAUCAGCAUUUGUUGCUCUCGUGGCGAUAUAUCAUACAGCGUUGUUGUUAGUCGUCCUGGUGGUCCCGACUCUCCAUAUUGUCCGUGCUGGUAUUGAUGAAAACAUUGCCUUCCUGUUACUGGGCUUUGGGAUUGUCCUGUCAGACGACAGAAUGGAGGUUGUCAGGAUCGUGACCUUCUAUACUUGGUUGCUGGAAGUGUGCUACCUCUGUGCGAUGACCCUGUCUUGUUUGGUCAGCCUCGUCAUGCUCAUGAGGUCCAUGGUACUUCACAGGUCAAACCUGAAAGGACUGUAUAAAGGAGAGAUUUACAACAUUUAUAACAGCCAGAAAACCAUCCGUCCAUCUAAACCUGGUAUUGUCUGUUGGAUGGGAUUGACAGGAUACCAAGCUGCAAUCAUCUGCCUGGGAAUGGCGAUUCAGACUAUCGUGUUUUUCAUCUGCUUCUUGUUCCUGGUGUUUUUGAUCAUUAUUCCUGUGUUUCACGGCCGUAAUCUCGUCGUCUUUGAAAUAGCGGGGAAGGCAUGGCCGGGCUGGGUCACACUGAUCCUGGUUACAGCGCUACAACAUGUUACUGCUAAAUUUGCUUUCAUCAAGAAAGAGGGUGGUACAAGAGACUUGAACAACAGAGAGAGUCUCUUCCUCCUGACAUACCUGCUGUUCCUGAUCAACACUGUGGUGGGACUGAUAGUUGGAAUUUGGAGAAUGGUGAUAACAGCUUUGUACAACAUCGUCCAUCUUGGUCGUAUUGACAUCAGUCUGCUGCACCGCACCGCAGAGUCCUACGACCCAGCCUACCGAUACUACGCCCACUCCCUGAAGGUGGAGGUCAGCCAGUCACACCCGGUGAUGAAGGCUUUCUGUGGGCUGCUGCUGGACAUGAUGGUCGAGGGCGGCAGAGCCGGGCAGAAAAUAAGAGACGCAGAGGAAGGGAUUCAGGAAAAUAGGCCAAACAAGGCGACCAGCAGGAGGAGGAUUUGCUGCCGCUGGCUGCUACUGUACACGCUGGUCAACAAUCCAUCUCUGCUGGGCUCCAGGAAGCACUUCCAGACACUGCAGACCUCGGAGAGCAUCCUGAACGGGACACCUAGCCACAGCUCCAAGAAAGGCAGCAAGAAGGAGGCCGACAAGCCAGCUGACGAGCCAGUCGAGCCCACCGAGACCCCGACAAACCAAGAUAAAACUGAAUAA